UUUGAGAGAACUAAAAUCAUGGCUUGGCAUGAAUUCGGUGUGCUGAAUUGGCUUCGAGAGAGUCGGCAGUCCCGAAAAUUAAUCUUGUUGAUUGUCUUCAUUGCUCUGCUUUUGGACAACAUGCUGCUGACUGUAGUUGUGCCAAUAAUACCAAGUUAUUUGUAUAGCCUUAGACACCCCAAAAAUGUAACGGAUGUCCAAACCACUAGACCGGAGACUCCUGUCAACUCGAACAGAUUGCAAAGCAUCUUUUCCUAUUAUGACAAUUCAACUAUAGUUACUGGAAAUAAUUCUGAAAGAACAAGGCCAGAAGAUUAUUAUGCUCAGACAGAGCAAAUGGUGGUCAAUAUGUCUAUGGUAACCCCAUCCUCCUCAGACUGUCCAAAGAAAGACAAAGAGUUGGUGAAUGAAAAUGUAGAAGUUGGUUUGCUUUUUGCUUCCAAAGCAACUGUCCAAUUGCUUACUAACCCUUUUAUAGGACCAAUGACAAACAGGAUAGGCUAUCAGGUCCCCAUGUUUGCUGGUUUCUGCAUCAUGUUUAUUUCAACAAUAAUGUUUGCCUUUGCAGAAAGCUAUAACUUGCUUGUAAUUGCAAGAGCUCUCCAAGGUGUUGGUUCAUCUUGUUCUUCUGUAGCUGGGAUGGGUAUGCUAGCCAGUGUCUAUACUGACGAUGAAGAAAGAGGCAAUGCAAUGGGGAUUGCCUUGGGAGGCUUGGCCUUGGGGGUGUUAGUGGGUCCACCUUUUGGAAGUGUGCUGUAUGAAUUUGUUGGGAAGGCAGCCCCAUUCCUGGUGUUAGCAGCAUUGACUCUUUUUGAUGGAGCAAUACAAUUGUUAAUUUUACAGCCAUCUAAGAUACAGCCAGAAAGUCAAAAAGGAGCAUCAUUACUGACCCUCUUGAGAGACCCAUACAUUCUUAUUGCUGCAGGAGCAAUAUGUUUUGCAAAUAUGGCAAUUGCUAUGCUGGAACCAGCCUUACCCAUUUGGAUGAUGGAGACAAUGUGUUCAAGCAAAUGGCAACUGGGCGUUGCUUUCAUUCCAGCCAGUAUCUCUUAUCUGAUUGGAACAAAUCUUUUUGGGAGCCUUGCACACAAAAUGGGAAGGUGGUUUUGUGCCCUAAUUGGGAUGAUAAUAGUGGGAUUAAGCAUUUUGUGUGUACCAUUUGCUAAAAACAUAUAUGGACUUAUAGUACCAAAUUUUGGAGUUGGCUUUGCCAUUGGGAUGGUGGAUUCUUCACUGAUGCCUAUUAUGGGCUACCUUGUUGAUCUGCGCCAUGUUUCUGUCUAUGGGAGCGUUUAUGCAAUUGCAGAUGUUGCCUUUUGUAUGGGUUUUGCUUUAGGUCCAUCUGUUGGUGGUGUUAUUGCAAAGUCCAUUGGAUUUCCAUGGCUUAUGACAAUUAUAGGAAUUAUUGAUAUCCUCUUUGCUCCCCUGUGUUUGUUUCUACGCAGUCCACCUGCCAAGGAAGAAAAAAUGGCAAUACUUAUGGAUCAAAACUGUCAUUUUAAAACCAAAAUGUAUACCCAGAACAGCAUCCAACCAGAUCCAUUAGAUGAUGAAGAAGAAGAAUAUGAGAGUGAUAAAUAAUAUUUAAAAGCUGGUAUUGGUAGUGCAAUGAUCCAUCUCAUCAAAAAGUUUUAAAUGUACUGCUCUUUAAAUUGUGAACUUGUAUAACAAAAUGAAACCAAAGGUAUAGUUAUUUAUUGCCCUUGAUCAAGAUUACCCAUUGCCUUAUGAAAAAAAAAAUUAGACGAUUCUGUUGUUAAAACUUGGUGUUUCACAUUAUGCAUUUUGUAAAUGUAUACAUCUCCAUCUAGAUCCAAUAUUAAUUCAAACAUUUCCCUUAUUAUACAUUUUCAUUUAAUUCAUUGCAGCAAUGAGUGCCUGAAACUAGCAAUUAUAAAUUACCAGAUUGUCUAUUUAAAGAUAUUUAUAUAAUACUUUGCACUUUUCAAAUUAACUUUACUUCAAAUUAUUCUUACACUUAACCUAAUUCAGAAUGAUGUAGAGUGAACAAAACUUUAUAAGGCUAAUAGAGAAUCAAUUUCAUCACAAAACUACGUGACAUUUGAGAAAGAGAAGUUUAAUAUAGAGUAUUAAUAGGUUCAUCUUAAUUUUGCAUUGCUACUAAUAACAUUCAAUGAACAUUUUUUAAGCUCAUCUAACGCCCAAAUCUAGUGUCUUAUCCUCAUAUAAACAUUGUCUACUACAUUAUCUAAAUAUGUAAACUUCAGAUAGCUUUGCAAUAGCUUCAACCAUUUAUCACAUUCAAAAUGGUACAGAAAGAAAAAAGUCAAGCUAUAUGAUUCCUGCUUACGUAAGUUUGAAGUCGAGUGAGUAUGGGAGACAAGCCCAAGAUCCCCAGUUGAAAUGUGAUAAUUCAGAACAGAUUUGUUAUUUCCCUGGGAUGGAGAGUCAAGCCUUGAUCUGGAGCUUCAACAUGCUGCAAAAAAUGAUGACGCAGGAGGCCUUUUUGUCAUUUACAUGAAAAGAAUUGUCGUUUCCAAAAUCCUGGACUGUAGGACCCAAUUAUAGCUUUGGGAAGUCUGAGGUUUAGUUAUAUCACAUACUCUAUGAGCUGUGCCUCAUUGUUAUUCAGUCUUUCAUCCUAGGCUGCUGCAUGGUUUAUGGUUUAAUAUUUUCUUCACAUCAAGUACCUGACCUAGCCAAUUUCCAAGCAAUGAACCAUGCCAUAUAAAAAGAAAAUUAUUUAUAAGAAGUUAUUUGCGUAAUAUUCCCUUCCUAUUCAAAAUUCAAUUUGGAUGAUUCUUUCCAAGGAAGCUACUGAUGCUACAAAUUUGAGCACGUCACAAAACAACAUCCAGUACUGGGACAUUUAAAAAUAAUAAUUUUUCAAGGAACAUAGCCCCAAAAACUUUAUACAAAUUUCUGUAAAGUUUGGCAUGCUUUAUCUCUUCGUGAAGCAUUUAGUUUUUCUGCUACUGUUUUCCCAUUUAAUGAAGAAACAAGACUGAUAACUAAUCCAGUUUCUCCCAUGUUAGUCUAGAGUUGCUUUUUUUUACCCCAAUUCUUGCUUCGGAUCCAAAGAUAAAAAUGGAAUGGCUAUAACAGAUCAGCCUGUUUCUGAAGUCAAGAUGAAUCCUCAUGUUGCAUUAUUAAUCUCUGCAUACUUCUGGAUAAAUCUGUUCUAAUACGUGCCUAUUUAAACUAGAAACAAAACUAUCAGCACUUCAACUCCCACAUGAGACUUGUUUUGUAAAAAUGCUAUCUGAUUAUUAAAAAGGAAAACCAGGCAGGUAUAUUCCCUAGUAGACUUGCACUAGAAUAAGUAAAGUAUCUGGCAGACACUUCAUGUUAAAAGCUUUAUUUUUCUAGUUUGCUUUGUUUUUGCAAAUUACAAAAUUAUUGGACACACCUGCCUUUUAAUGUUGUCAGACUUUUAGGUAUCCGGACAAAAUGAAAUCCAUACGAAGUCUGUUCACGGACUUUGCUUGUAACUAUCCUUUGGACAUCAGCUGAUGGAAAUGGAUUAACACCUUUCCUUGAGUGAGAGUCUGCAACAUAUUGUGCUUUUGAAGAAUAUGCAAAGUGGGAUUAGAGAUUUCAAGACUGACUAGCUUGACAAAUGGGAGGCAGGUAACAUUCUGGUUCUUAAUACAUAAUGGUCUAUAUUGCAACCUAUCAACUCCUGUAAGUGUUCUCUCAGUGUUGAAAUGAGCCCACGGGUUAUGGCCUUAGUUGUGAAAAUAAAAAAAACCAACAAAUGUAAGACCAUGUAAGUAUCAAACAUUUAUGUAUUGUGGUACACAUAACACCCUGUUUGUAAACUUGAUCUCUGUGCCUUUUCUAAUGUAUCAGCAGAUGGUUUGUAUUUAAAACAGACUUUCUAUAGUUUUGUAAAACAUGUGUUUGUGUGUCUUUUCCAUGUAUAAAACAUAUAUUUUGGUCACGUUUUGGAAAUGCUUUAGAGGAAUUGUUAUUGUUCUGUUAUACAGAAAAUAAGAAUGGAAUG